UUCGAAAUUACGGCACCCCUGAAAUCAUUAUUGAUUCAAUUGUCAAGCCUCUUGUGGACUCAAUCGUUGACAGGGCUCAGGGAAUAUUCCUCUGGGUUAAAUUGGUUGUCAAUGACCUGUGUAAUCAGAUGGAGAACGGCUAUCGACCAGAAUGCUUGCACCUCGAGGUCGAUAAACUCCCCGAAGGCAUUAACCAUCUCUUCCAUCAUUUCAUGACCUCCAUCAGCCAUGGCGCGAGGCGGAAAGCGUACCAAACACUAGACACGAUUGUCAGGGCUAACGAAUGGUAUUUCAAGAUUACCCUUCUGGCAUGGAAACUCUUCGAGGGAUGUGGAAGUUUCGAAGAAGAGGCUGAACAGCUGUCUCAGAGGGCCAGUCGAAGUUACAAUCAUAGGGAGAGAUGAGCACCUGGUGCGUCGCUACAAGUUGGAGGUGGCUCACCGCUCCGUU